AUGGGGGAUUCGCUGUAUAUUCUUCUGCGCCCGCACACCAUGGCCGGCGGCUUCCUCCAAUGGCCCAUCUGGAAACCCUACGAGAUUUACGCGUCCAUCGACUACGUCUACGGCCAACCUGGUUGGGACGAGAAAGACGGGUUUGGAGGCGGGCAAGGCGCGAUUAAUGCUAUCGAAGCUGUGCUGUACGGACUGUACCUCAUGCUUGUGUAUAACCACGGUAUUAAGGCCGCUGGUGGGAGUGGCGUGCAAAUUGGACAGGGGGUGAACGGGUGGAUGAGUGGUGGCGUGAAGGUAGCGGGGAAGAGGGGGAACACGGCGCUGAUAAUUGGAUUUACGGCGAGUGUUAUGACGUUGAGUAAGACGGUAUUGUACUAUCUGGUCGAGUACUACGCUGGAUUCAAGAACACUGCGCAUAAUGACUGGUUCACGCUGUUUUUGUUCUACGGCGUCAUGAACGGCCUCUGGGUCAUCUUCCCAGCGUACAUGACUGUAACAUUUGGGUCUGACAUUCUCGCUGGUUUAGACGCUGCGGUGGAGAGCUCGGAGAAGAAGCAAAACUAG